UUUCUGCCAGCAGCCUACCGACAAUUGUUUUUUGUUCAGGGUACCACUUUAGCUGUUGCUGGUGGGGGUAGUGCGUCCAUCAAACUAUGGGACACUGCCGAAUGGAAGCUUAUCACCUCCUUAUCUAUCCCUCGCCCGGAAGGAUUGAAACCCUCUGAUAAAAGCGGCAACAAGAAAUUUGUUCUCUCUGUUGCAUGGAGCCCCGAUGGGAAACGACUCGCUUGUGGCUCAAUUGAUGGCACAAUCUCCAUUUUCGACGUCUCUCGCGCCAAAUUCCUGCACCAUUUGGAAGGCCACUGCAUGCCUGUGCGUUCUCUCGUAUAUUCGCCUAUUGAUCCGAGGAUACUGUUUUCUGCCUCCGAUGACAGCCAUGUGCACAUGUACGAUGCUGAGGGGAAGAGCUUGAUUAGCGCCAUGUCAGGUCACGCGAGCUGGGUUCUGAGUGUUGAUGCAAGUCCAGAUGGGGCAGCUAUUGCCACGGGCUCAAGCGACAGGUCUGUGAAACUAUGGGAUCUUAAAAUGAGGGCGGCUGUGCAGACGCUGAGCAACCAUGUGGACCCGGUUUGGGCGGUGGCGUUUCGACCACCUGGAGGGACUGGCAUGCGAGCCGGUAGACUCGCAAGCGUGUCGGAUGACAAGAGCAUAUCACUCUAUGAUUACUCUUGAAGUGAGGUUUUUGUUUUGUUGGAUAGUUUUUGUUUUUGUUUUGUUGGAUAGUUUUUGUUUUUGUUUCGGAAGUACAUAUAUUGCUUCUUUUGCUGUGUUUUUACUAAAUUAUAUCAAGAAAAUGCUGGAUUUAGAGCUAACUUAUCAUCGUUAUCUCUCUAGUAA